AUGUUCCACUCGUGGUCCGGCCCAAACAACCAGUGGGUGAUUAGUCCGAGAGAUGGCGGACAGCGUUUGUACAACUCAGGACCAUAUCCACAGAUCUGGCCUCAGUUCCGUGAACCUCAUCCCGGCGGCGCCAUUCGCCAAUCUCCAACCCAGUAUGCCUAUGGUGGAGGCUAUGAGAGACCACAAUCCCGUGCCUGGCGUCAAUCUCAAAACACAUGGAAGGUACAGAGCCACCUCGAGAGCUCCAAGUUCCACCUCCACCAGAGCCAGAACCAGCAGGUCAAGCAGUACCUGACGCUGGGCUCCAAGCUGGCCUCGUCGGCCGGGCAGGGCCACGCCAUCCCUCACCCGCACGGCCCCGGCCAGCCACUGGCCACCAUGCCGAUCAUGAGGAACGGGAACAUGCCCUCGCUCAGCGACGGCAGCAACCCCACCAGCCCCGUCACCUUGCUCACCAUGGCCAGUCACGACAGCGAGUUUCCAAUGGAUGAAGUUAUUGAUGACCUAAUUAGUCUUGAAUCCGGGUUCAAUGACGGGGGCUUGGAUUGCAUGGAGUCAAACCUCUUAAUGCAGAACAAUGUGUCCCUCAGUAGCAGCAUGCUGGACGUCUAUGGGGGUGAACCAGAACUUGACACAAGGGUGAUGGCCAAAGAGCGACAGAAGAAAGACAACCACAAUUUGAUUGAAAGAAGACGAAGAUACAACAUCAACUACAGGAUAAAGGAGUUGGGGACCCUCAUACCCAAAUCAAACGACCCGGACAUGCGCUGGAACAAAGGCACCAUCCUCAAGGCCUCGGUGGAGUACAUCAAGUGGCUGCAGAAGGAGCAGCAGCAUGCAAGGGAGCUGGAGACCCGGCAGAAGAAGCUGGAGCAGGCCAACAGGAGGCUGCUGCUGAGGAUCCAGGAGCUUGAGAUCCAGGCGCGAGCACACGGUCUCCCAAACAUGACCACAUCCUUGGGGACAGUCGAACUCUCCUCCCACCUCCUCAAACAGCAGCCGCAGCCACAGCAGGCGUCCCCCCAGGCCCCCCAGGCCCAGCAGCCCCAGCAGCCCCAGCAACCUCAGCAGCCCCAGCAGCCCACACUCUACCAGGACGACCCCAACAGCGACUACCUCCAGAGGAUAGCCGCAGUGGCCGGCGUGGCCUCCAUCCCCACCGCCAGCGGCCCACAGGACCACAUCACCGGCGCUGAUGGGUGCACAACGUUCUCCGACCCGCUGUCCCACUUCACAGACUUCUUCAGCUCCACGCUCAAGGAUGAGCACCGGCUGGACGAGAUCCUCAUGGAUGACCCGCUGUCGCCGUUCGGCACCGACCCGCUCCUGUCGGCCGGCUCGCCCGGAGCUGCGUCCAAGGACAGUAGUCGCAGGAGCAGCUUCAGCUCUGCCGGAGAGGACGACCUAUAAUCCCCCCCCUGCAGAACAUACUCUCAAGUUAUCUCCUUCUGACAACAUGGUUGUAAUCUCCAGUGUUAAAGGGCAGACGCAGAGCCUGAAAAAGACUGAGUGACGGCUCUGGGCAAACAAUACUGACUACCCACAGGGCUGCGAGUCAUUUAACUGAGCACUGACACAGCCGGCAGAGCCCCUCAAAGUGCCAGCUGUGUAUUAACUGGACUUCCUGUUGAAUGGGUGGGUGUUAUCGGACCUAAAGCUUGGAUUCCCCAAAGCUCAGCGGCACCAAAAGCAUCCCCCGGACCCUCUGCUGUACACCCUGCUCUUUUUUAAAGUUACUACAGACUGUAUGUUUCUCUGCCUCCCGCAUAGAGCAGAAACAGACCCAGAAAAAAAGGGAGACAUUUUUGUACAUAAUGUAAAUAAUAAAGCCUGUUUUGUACACGGUAACAUGCAAAAAUAAUCACUUAAAAACCUGUGUCCAUUUGUAAGGAAAAUACUACUUCACAAAAACGACUGUAAACUGUGGCUGUCGGGAUUAUAUUUGUGUAAUGUGCCUUAUUUGAAAUCCCAGUUCUUUCUAUGAAUAACUGAUGUACUCACCACAAUGCCUAACAUGUCCUCAGUCCUGUCUGUGUCUUAUACGUGUUUUUGAUAAGUAAGUGUCUAUAUGCAUCUUUUUUAAACCAUGUAUUCCUUUAAUACGUCAUGUAUGUAUAUACUAUUAUUAUCUAACAUGUUACCUUUUUUUAUUCUUACCAGGGGAG